CGGGACCCGGAAGGCGCGCGGGCGCAGGACCCGGCGGGGCAGCUACGCGGGGUCCUCGCGCACGUCUCACGUGGGUCCGAGCGGAGUGGCGGUCCCGGUUCGCGAGGUCUCGACUCGCCUCUCCGCCGGCAUGGCAGCAGCCGACGGAGUGCUACCCCACGUUCCCGAGUCCCGGGCCGCCGUCCCCACGACGUCCUCCAGACCCCGCCCAGCCCAGUCGAGGCGGCAAGCAGCGGCCACCAAAAGAAAAUACCGAGCGUCCAGUGAGGCUCCCCCAGCGAAAUGGAGGAGUGAAACAUCAUUUCUCCCGGCCAAGAAAACUGCUGCUAAAGAAACUCCAAGGACUUUUAAGGGGAAGGCACAGAAAACGUUUUCUCCCAAGAGGUCUUCAGCUGGUGCGAGUGAUGGAAACCAGGAACGGAAACCGGGCAUUAAGACUUCAUCCCUGUUUAAAAACAACCCUGAGAUUCCAGAACUCCACAGACCUGUAGUAAAGCAAGUGCAAGAAAAAGUGUUCACUUCAGAUGCUUUUCAAGCCCUGGACCUCCACCCACAUCUAAUUUCCACAAUAAAUACGGUCUUAAAAAUGUCUAGUAUGACCAGCGUUCAGAAGCAAAGUAUCCCUGUGUUGCUGGAAGGCAGAGAUGCUCUCGUGAGAUCCCAGACUGGCUCAGGUAAAACUCUUGCCUAUUGCAUCCCUGUGGUCCAGUCUCUUCAAGCAAUGAAAUCCAAAAUACAGCGUGGUGACGGCCCCUAUGCUCUGAUACUAGUGCCAACAAGAGAGCUGGCCCUACAAAGCUUUGAUACUGUCCAGAAACUGCUUAAGCCAUUUACCUGGAUUGUGCCUGGAGUGUUAAUGGGAGGAGAGAAGAGAAAAUCAGAAAAAGCCAGACUCCGGAAAGGAAUAAAUAUCCUCAUCUCAACUCCUGGACGCCUCGUGGAUCAUAUUAAAUCCACAAAGAACAUUCAUUUUCGUCGGAUCCAGUGGCUGAUUUUGGAUGAAGCAGACAGAAUCCUGGAUUUGGGUUUUGAAAAGGACAUCACAGUGAUACUCAACGCUAUAAAUGCCGAGUGCCAGGAACGACAGAACGUCUUGCUGUCGGCAACACUCACGGAAGGUGUAACGUGGCUAGCUGAUAUCAGUUUACACGACCCAGUCAGUAUUUCUGUCCUGGAUGAAAGCCAUGACCAGUCGAACCCAAAGAGCAAAGCCAUUCCUGAAGCUUCUCCUCCACAAGCUAGCGAUGAGCUGGACAGCUUUGCCAUACCAGCGAGUCUCGAGCAGUACGUGACAGUGGUUCCCAGCAAACUGAGGCUCGUCUCCCUAGCGGGCUUCAUCCUGCAGAAAUGCAAGUUUGAGAGAGACCAGAAGAUGAUCAUCUUUUUCUCGAGCUGCGAGCUGGUGGACUUCCACUACAACCUCUUCCUCCAGACCCUGCUGAGCGGCUCAGGGGCCCUGGCCCCAGGUGGGUUGCCAUGUGCCUCCACGCGGUUAAAAUUCCUGCGGCUGCACGGCGACCUGGAGCAGGAGGAAAGAACAGCAGUGUUUCAAGAAUUCUCACAUUCCAAAACAGGGGUUCUUCUUUGCACGGAUGUUGCGGCUCGGGGCUUAGAUCUCCCUCAAGUCACGUGGAUUGUCCAGUACAACGCCCCGUCUUCACCUGCUGAAUACAUCCACCGGAUUGGGAGAACCGCCCGGAUUGGCUGCCAUGGGAGCAGCCUGCUCAUUUUGGCUCCUUCGGAGGCAGAAUAUGUCAACUCGUUGGCUUCUCACAAAAUCAAUGUUUCUGAGAUAAAGAUGGAAGAUAUUUUGUCUGUUCUGACACGGGAUGAUUGUUUUAAAUGGAGACGAUGGGGAAGCCAGAAACCCCGCUCCGUUGGCCCCCAGGAAAUCCGAGAGCGAGCCACGGUCUUGCAGACAGUAUUUGAAGAUUACGUGCACUCCAGUGAGAGGACGGUCUCCGGGGCCAAGAAAGCCCUGCAGUCCUUCAUCCGGGCCUACGCGACCUACCCCCGGGAGCUGAAGCACAUCUUCCACGUCCGAUCGCUCCACCUCGGGCAUGUGGCUAAGAGCUUUGGGCUAAGAGAUGCCCCUAAAAAUCUCAGUGCCUUGGCCACAAAGAAGAAGAAAGCAAACCUGAAAAGGCCUGACCUUCAUAGGAAGACCCAGAGUAAACAGCGCCUUGCUGAAAUCUUGCGUUCCGAAUACUCCAGCGGGAUGGAGGCCAGCGUCACCAAGGUCAGAGAGCAAAACAAACACGCAGGGCCCGGCAGCCAGCCUCGCAGCGCCGUCCGAAACCGGCGCCCGGCCUUGGCCGUGGGAACAAACUAACGCCGAAAGCCUCGCGGAGGGACAGCGAGACUUCCCAGAAAGUAGUUUUAAGCUCUGCCCCCGCGGGACUGGGCCUCCGUGGAUCCCG